UUCAAAGCGUGUAUUUAUGGUUAGCUAGCUCGCUUGCAUGAUGCUAGCCUAACCGUCACAUCCGGUCCCUACCGCCUGGCCUGGACGAGACAUAACGCAAUACAUGUUCCUGAUACGUUAGUCAAAAUAACUGUUUAUAAAUUAUAUUAAAUGCAAUGCACCAUUCCAACAACCGAUAGCAGUGACACGAUUGCCAGCAUCCUGCAAAGGUAAACCGCGUCUCUGUUGUUUCUACUGGACAGAUGAACGCUUAGGGAGCGUCUGUAUAAUGUCGGAAACGUCGAGGUGCGUAGCUAGUUAGGGGCCUACCUACUAAAAAUGUCUGGGUAAUACAUUGUCUAAUCUUAAACUAAUUCUAUUUAUUUCAGUAUUAUUAUCUCAUAUGUGUUGGCAUAUUUAGUACUACUCAACCCCUUCUGCAAAUGUCCCAUACCAGGUUUAAGUGAAUAUCUAGCUAAUAAUGCAUCUGAAGUCUGGACUAUGCAUGACAAAUGACUGAUGAUGCUGUAGUUAAGACUUAAGAUUGCAAGAAUACUAAUAGCCUAAUGAUAUUAAUAGAAGUUACAGACAGUAGCCUAUUUUCUAUUAAUUUCUUCAACUGUCAUCUGUUUUCGGACUCUUUUUCAAGCAACUCCAUGACACUGAAUCCAGUGUCCCUUGAGAAGCAGCAAUCUACUGUCAAGGGUGAGAGAUGCUUACACAGGUGAGCAGCACCCAUGCCCAACGGGUGUUGUCUUUUCUGAAUGAGCAGAGGGGUCUUGGCUGGUUCUGUGAUGCCAAGCUGACUGUAGGAGGAGAUGGGAGGGCAUACAAUGCCCAUCGCAACAUCCUGGCCUGUUUUAGUAAGCUUUUCCAGGAAUCUGAGCCAACCACUACCAUGGUUAAGAAGGUCUCCCUCCCAAAGGAGUGCCCCACUGACGGCCUGGAACUACUUCUCGACUUUUUCUACACAGGGAAGUUGAAGCUUGACUCUCUGAAUCUGGACAAUGUGCAACAGGCUGCAGACAGCCUAUGUGUACCAGAUGCGCUCGCCCUCUGUCAGCAGUUCGCCACAGAAGGGACAGUCUCUCCAGAAGAACCUCAGUCUGCAGAUCUUCUUGGUGAAGAUGAUGGCCUAAUCUCACCUGUAACUUCUACUGAAACCAAGGUCCCCCUAAAAAGGGGGAGGCCCCCCCAAAAAAGAGGGAGGCCCAAAAAAUCCCAAACCCCUAGUAGCGGCUUAAGUAAGAAGGAUCCUCCAGAAGCAACCGCCACCACAACUCGCUCUGGGCGUAAGGUGAAGGUCUCCAGAAGGCUGCUUGGAGAGGGCCCCAGGCCGCAGCUCCUGCCCCAGGGGACCACCAGCAGGGGAACACCACAACUAGUUAUCAGCCUCCCUCAGCCUACAGAUACAACAGAGGUAACAGACAUGGUCACUGGCAUUGUACCAGAUGUUAGCUAUAAAGCUAAUUCUCAUUUGCAGCCUCAUGAUGAUGAUGACGAGGAUGAUGGUUUGAUGGAGGGGGUGGAUGAGGACACUGAUGAAGAGUAUGUGCCCCAUGCCCUACCGACUACCACCUCCAGCCCCCAAGGCAGACGUAAAGGACCAGGUAAAGCUGUCAAUAAAGAGAACAGCGAGGAGGUGGCCAAGGGCUCCAAAAAGGGCUCUGUUCAGUGCCCCACCUGCAAUAAGACCUUCCUCAGCAAAUACUAUCUCAAAGUACACAACAGGCGUCAUACGGGUGAGAAGCCCUUUGCAUGCUCUAAGUGUGGGAAGAGGUACUACAGGAAGGAGAAUCUGAUGGACCACCAGGCCCGGAACUGCAAAUGUGGUGAAAAAGUAAAAGCGGUGCACAACUGCCUUCAAUGCCCCAUGUCAUUUGACAGAGUGGUGGAUCUACGGCUACACACGGUCUCCCAUACAGGGGAAAUGCCCAAUAAGUGUACGUCAUGCUCGGAACAGUUUAUGCGUAAAAAAGAUUUGAGAAAUCAUGAAAUCAAAAUCCACGGUGCACCCAAACCACAUGCAUGCUCUCUGUGCAGCAAAGCCUACCUGUCUAAAACGGAGGUGCGUCUGCAUGAGGCUUCCAAGCAUCGAGGCGAGAAGCUCUUUGUGUGUGAAGAGUGUGGCCAUCGAGCCUCCAGCCGAAACGGCCUGCAGAUGCACAUCAAAGCCAUUCACAGAAAUGAGCGUCCAUUUGUGUGUGAGUACUGCAACCAUGCGUUUACCCAGAAGGCCAACCUCAACAUGCACCUGCGCGUUCACACUGGAGAGAAGCCCUAUCAGUGCCACCUCUGUGGGAAGACCUUCCGGACACAGGCCAGUCUUGACAAGCACCAUCGCACCCACACGGGAGAGCGGCCUUAUAGCUGUGAGUUCUGUAACCAGCGCUUCACAGAGAAGGGCCCGAUGCUCCGCCAUGUCGCCAGCAAGCACCAGGACGACCGCCCUCACUGCUGUAAGAUAUGUGGCAAGACCUUCAAGGCCAUCGAGCAGCUCCGCGUCCAUGUGCGUCGCCAUCAGGGCAUGAGGAAGUUUGAGUGCGAAAAGUGUGGCUACAAGUUCACCAGACAGGCCCACUUACGACGUCAUAUUCAGGUCCACAACCGUACAGAGAACUACAACCCGCGGGAGAGGAAGCUACGGAACCUGAUAGUAAAGGAUGAGGGUUCGCAGGAGGAGGAUGAGACUAGCCCCUCACCAACACCACCCACUGAGAAGGGGACACCUGAGGGUCUGGCACCUGUCUCUGCACCCAGUGUCCCUCUUCCUGUCUUUGGACCUGGACUCAGCGUGUCUGGACCUGGAACUUUACCAGGAGCCAGUGACAUCCUCAGGGUGAUUAUCCAGCCCCUGGUGGAGGAGGUGGUGUCCAGCCAAGGGCAGAUGGUGGUGGGCUUUAACCAGGCUGUGGUGGGGCAUGGGCCUGGCCAGUUGGAGGUAGGCUUAACCCAGAGCCAAGGUGUGGUAGGCCAAGGCCAGGUAGAGGUGGGCCUUACCCAUGGCCAGGUCGGCUUUCCCCAGGUUGGGGUGGGACAGGGGCAUGGCCAGGUGGAGGUGCUCUCCUCCCAGGGUUUGGGUGUGGUGGGGCAUGGUUUCAUUGUGACAGAUGUGAUGGACCAGACUCUCCUGGUGGCAGGAGACUACCCCAUCCCUGAGACCACGGUGGAUCUAGAGGACAUACGGGAGGAUCCUCCUGCUAAGAGCAAGGCCUGAGGCAACGUAUUGUGACGUGGAAUCUACUUGGGAAAAUACAUGGGAUUUGAAAAAAGUAAUUAACUGUUGUUUUGAGGGUGAAAUUUCAACCACAGGAUUAUGUCAUCAUAGUAAUCAAAUUUCAACAUAGUAUAAAAUCUGUUGAAUUUGUACCUUUAAAACAACGUCAGAUCUUCAACGUUAUCUCCACUAUCAGGAAAAAUAAACAACAGGCUGGGCAGCACCUAGUGGAGAAUCUAUCUACAGCAGGGCUGACCAAACUGGGGCUUGUUUUAGUUUUUUUUUUUAAAUGUAUUUAUUUUUUACAAAGUCAGUCGGGGUCUCAACUUACUGUUUAGAGAUACCAUAGUAGAAUACAAAAUGUGCAAUUUCAAUAGUUUUCUUCUUGUUAUGUCAGUCACUGACAGUCAAUCAAUUAGCCCAUGUCAGCUAACAUUUUAUAGAUUGCUAGGUAAGUCAGUCUAGCCAGCUAUCUAAAUCUUGUUGUAAUCAUGGCCGAGUUACUGACCGGACACCCAAGGCAUGUGCCCAGGGGCCCUGACCUCCAAUGGGCCCCCAUUGAUUUUUGUUAGUCACUCUCACACAGAUAUCAUAAGAACAUGCAGGGAAUUCACAUAAAAAUUGCUACAUUUUCUCUCCAUCCCAUGGCAAAAUGAGUAGAAUUGCAUUCAAUUAGUUUUGCUUUCAAUUAGUUUUAAAACUGCAAACUGUUCUUUCUGCCCCAUGAAAAAAUGUGUAUAAUUGCAGAAAGCCCUGAUUUAAAACGGCAACAUUUUCUCCACGCCCCAAGGAAAGUGUGUCGGAUUGCAGGACGUUAACUUUAAAGUAGCACAUUUUUCUCUCUGCCCACCAAUAGAGGGGCCACUAAAAGGUUUUGCCUUUGAGAUGGGUAAAAAUCUUUCAUGGGGCCCCCAAAAUGCUAGGGCCCUGCACAUUUGCAAGUUAUUAGCGUUAUGAACAUAGAAAGUAAUACAUCUUUAAUGCUGGCAAUCAGAAUGUGUUGUUUGGUGUCAAGUUAUAUGGCUACAAUUUGGUUAAUGUUUGAAAUGUAUGUAUAUGAUUACAAAAAAGCAAUUGUUUUAAGACCCUAAAAAGCGAUUGUUUAAAUUGUUAUAUUUCUAAAUAAAUUAUGUCUAUUUGUUCA